GUAUUAAUAGUACUCCCGCUCGGUGGAUCCGUUAUUCCGGUCGUGUUUUGGGAAAGUGUCACGGGCGCCCCUCUGCUGUCGCGCUCCGCCGUCGCAAUUGUCCACUUGUCCCCAAAGGUCAUAUGUUCUUGCCCCCGAAGCGAGGCAGCCAUGCCGUUUGCGCUCUCGCUCAAGACCAUCAGUAGAAGGUGUUGGAGCAGCAGCGAACGUUCCACAGCGGCUCAGCCCUCUCGAUCGCUCACCAUUACUUGUCGAGGCAAACCCAUCAACCGCGAAGAACUGCUGAAGUACACGAACGGACGUUUCCUAGCCAAUGAGAAAAAGGCUACCGAUCGCAGAUAUGUCAAUCUCGACGUCGACCGGCUCUGCGCGGUGGCCGCAUCUACCGGCGGGCAAGAACACUCGCCUGUCUAUGCGAUCGAGAAAAUGGAAGGAGGAUUCAGCAAGGCCCUCCUCUUGCGUAAGGAGGACGGGAGCGAAAUCAUAGCAAAAUUGCCCUUUCCAAUUGCCGGACCGCCGAAAUACACAACAGCAUCUGAAGUAGCUGUUCUUCAAUAUCUACAUACGUAUACUAAAGUCCCAGUUCCUAGGGUUCUAGCCUGGAGUUCUGAUCCGUCAAACUCGGUUGGCGCCGAGUAUAUUAUGAUGGAAAAGGCCCCUGGAGUGCAGCUGUACAAGGUAUGGGGCGAGAUGAGUGAUUGGGAUCAAUUGUGCGUUGUCAAGCAGUUGACGAAGCUUGAGGGCGAAAUGACUCGCAUUCGCUUCCCCGCCAGCGGGAGUCUUUAUCUCUGCGAGUCCAUGGGAAACGACGACACAUAUAUUGUUUUGGACCGUGACGUUGAUCCUUCUGGGCAGUUCUGUAUAGGACCGUCCUGUGAGCGAGGGUGGUAUGCUCAAGGCAAGAUAACGUCUUUGCCGUCUCGUCCCAGCCAAGGACCAUGGCCUAGUCUAUCCUCUUUCGGUAUUGCGCUUGCAGAACGGGAGAUUGCGCUCAUUGAACAAAACCCGACGACCGCUACCUCUGAUCCACCCCGUGGAUCUUUCGAUGAACAGAUCGCCGUAUUGAAGUUGACUAGAGACGUGAUGUCAAGGUUAGAUGGACCUUCACUUGUCGAUAAGGUCUCCAAGCCGGUCUUGUGGCACACUGACCUCCACAUGGGCAAUAUUUUCGUCUCUCACGAAGACCCGGCUAAGAUCGUCUCAAUUAUCGAUUGGCAAUCGAUUGUAAUCUCGCCUUUGUUUUUACAAGCUCGCUUCCCAGUUUUUUUACCAGUUGACGAAGACUAUGCCUUUGGAACCACGGAGUUCCCUAAGCUACCGCAAAACUUUCACGAGAUGGACGCAGACGAUCAAGAGUAUGCCGAAUAUAAACUGAAGGAAGCUAAGUUAGCUAAGGUAUACGAAUUAAGCAGUGGUUCCCAAAAUAAUCAGGCCUACAAAGCCUUGCGCAUACCAUCAUUCUUACGGGAGCUCUUUACUCGGUGUGGAGAGGUCUCAGAAGAGGGUGUAAUACCACUUCGGGCCUGUCUUAUAGAGCUGUCCAAGGUGUGGAAUGACCUAGGGUUUAUUGAUCAAUGCCCAGUCAACUUCAGCGAAGACGACCUGCAAAUACACGAACAGCAGUUUCAGAAAUACCGCGAUUCUCAUAAAGUCCACGAACUCGCUAGGAAGAUUCUCAGCACUGAUUUCGAGGGCUGGGUCCCCCCGCAGGUUGAUUUCGCGGCGAAACAACAGCAGAACAAAGAGCUGCUCCAAGAGGUCAUGCACAAAAGCAACGAGUACAACAAAUCGCCAGAGGAAAUUAGGAGUAUUUGGCCAUAUCUAGAACGUUCAUAGGCCCAGUACCAGUCAAAUUGAACUACCUCCCGCAUCAUUGCGAUCAGUAGCUUGAUUUGCCCGGAGAUUUCACCCACC